CAAGGGAUGGCUGAACAUUACGCACUACGUCCUCACUGAGGCGGACACGUCUGGGGAGGUAACCUGUCUGGUUUUGGAUCCAGGGACGACAUAUCUACAGGAGCCUGGCUGAAUUUGUGGGACAGAAUGCUGAGUCCUGAGCUGACACUGCCGCCGUGUUGUGUCGUGGCUGUACAGUAAACGAGAGCGUGACGGGUUAAUCUGUUGUGCCGGGAAUAAUGUCUGGAAGUGCUGAGUCCGGGUGCAGAUCUUCUGACUGGGAAAGUUGUUUGUCGGUUGUUUUGAUCUGAGAAAAGAUGCAUCUGUUUCGCAGUCACAAUUACCGAGUGUUCCCGGAUCGCUACUCAGUGGAAUCACCGACCAUACGAGGCAUCAGCUGGACCCCGCUGCCAGAGGCCCUGAAUUCAAAGGACACUAUGAAGCAGUUUCUUUCAGAUCGUGUUGUAAAGGCAGCAAGAUCAGUGUAUAGUGUUAUAAUCGAGAGGAACCCAGGUCUGAUCCGAGAUAGAAAGUAUCACCUCAAAACAUACAGACAAUGCUGCUCUGGUAAGGAACUUGUUGAUUGGCUGAUGAAACAAAAUGAAUGCCUGCAAUCAAGAAGCCAGGCAGUUGGGAUGUGGCAGGUCUUGGUGGAUGAAGGAAUCCUUCUUCAUGUGAAACAUGAGUUGAACUUCCAUGACAAGGACACCCAGUUCUAUCGCUUCCAGGACUCUGAGUGUGGCCUAAACCACGUAACAAAUGAGAAGGACUCAGAGGAAGAGCUGCAGGAGGGUCUGUCGCUCCUGUCUCAGCUGGGUCCCGAUGCUCUGCUCACUAUGAUUCUACGCAAAUGCCCCAGUCAGAGGAGUGCUGAGGACCUGGAAGUCAUUUAUGAGGAGCUGCUCCAUGUCAAGGCUGCAGCUCAUCUCUCCACUUCUGUGCGUAAGGAGCUGGCAGCAGUACUGGUCUUUGAAUCACAUGCCAAGGCCGGAACAGUCUUGUUCAGUCAGGGGGACAAAGGCACAUCUUGGUAUAUCAUCUGGAAAGGCUCUGUAAAUGUGAUCACGCAUGGGAAGGGCCUGGUAACAACACUACACGAGGGUGAGGACUUUGGGCAGUUAGCUUUGCUGAAUGAUGCACCUCGUGCUGCCACCAUCAUCUUGAGAGAAGAUAACUGCCAUUUCCUUCGUGUUGAUAAACAGGACUUUAUACGCAUUCUCAAGGAUGUUGAAGCUAACACAGUGCGACUUGAAGAGCAUGGGAAAACUGUGCUGGUGUUGGAGAAGAGCACCGACCGGGCCGAGCAGGGAGGAAGCAACAGCAAGUACACUGUUAUGUCAGGAACACCUGAGAAAAUCCUGGAACACCUACUGGAAACAAUAAAGUUGGAUUCUAACGGAAAUGACGCCAUAGAUCCAUGUGUGAGCGACUUUAUGCUCACCCAUAAAGUCUUCAUGCCCUCCAGCCAGCUGUGUACCGCACUACAGCACCACUACCAGGCAGAGCUCUCUGAGGGUUCAGAUCAGGAGAAGGCUGCUUACAUUAUCAACACCAAGCAGAAGGUAGUAAAGCUGAUUGGCCAGUGGGUGGCGCUGUUUGGCCUACUGCUGAAAGAAGAUCCUAUUGCUUCGGACUUUCUGGAGACAAUGAAGAAGGAGGUGGCCGGUGAUUUUCGUCUGUCCAGCAUGCUGAAAGAACAAUUUAGGGAAAGGAGGCGAACAAAAGUAUUGGAGAAUGGAUUUCAGUCACUGAGUAGGAACCAACUAUUUGACUGGUUUUCAAACUGUGAGGAGGCAGUGGGGAGGUUACAACCAAUCAGAGCACAAGAUAAAGUGCUUUAUGAGAUCUACAGGCCAGACAACAAACCUCUCACUCUGAUGCUCCCAGUGAACACAUCUGUACAGGAUGUGAUGUCGGCAAUAGUCAAACCUGGAGGAGAUCACAUCUUGGUCAAAAUUAACUCCACAGGAGAGAGAGCUCAGAUAAAGCUGGAUGCUACUGCAGUUUACACAGCACUGGGACUCAACGAGAGACUGUUCAUCUGCACAAGCAGCGAAGUGGAACAACUGAUUCCCCUGAAGGAGCAGCAGGGUCCAGAGCGAGGAACAACUGACAUCCUUGAACAGAUGGGCUCUAAAGACAUUGCCAGUGAACUUGCCAAUUAUGACUGGGAAAUGUUCACUGCCAUGCAUGAGGUGGAGCUUGUGUACUAUGUAUUCGGCCGUCAUAAAUUCCCAGGUGCCAUGACAGCUAACCUAGAGCGGUUUGUACGGCGCUUCAAUGAGGUGCAGUACUGGGUGGUGACUGAGCUGUGCCUCUGUGAAGACCUGGUGAAACGAGCCAUUCUGCUCAAGAAGUUCAUAAAGAUUGCUGCAGUAUUAAAGGAGCAGAAGAAUCUCAAUUCAUUCUUCGCUGUGAUGUUCGGUUUGAGCAACAGUGCAGUACACAGGCUUUACAAGACCUGGGAGAGAAUCCCCAGCAAGACAAAAAGAAUUUACUGUGCUUAUGAGAGGUUGAUGGAUCCCUCACGCAACCACAGGGCCUACAGACUGGCUGUGGCCAAACUCAGUCCUCCCUACAUCCCCUUCAUGCCUCUGCUGCUCAAAGACAUGACAUUCAUCAAUGAGGGAAAUCCAAACUAUGUAGACAAAUUGGUCAAUUUUGAGAAAAUGCGCAUGAUAGCCAAGACAGUGAAAAUUGUACGAGGAUGCAGAAGCCAACCUUAUGUGCCGUCAUCUCCUCAGAGGGGCCUGGCAGAUCGGAUGUUUCUGGAAGGGCCUGCUACUCGCAUAUCUACAUACUCAGACAAUGCCCUUCCUCUGCGAAGUCCCAGCAACAUCCGACACUACAUUCAAAACCUGAAGGUGAUUGACAACCAGCGCAAACUUACACAGCUAUCAAGAACAAUAGAAUGCUAGGACAUCAACUUGCAAAUGUACAAAGACUAUAAAGUUGUAGCACAAAUCUGAACAGAGAACAUAUUGUACCUGGAUGAACAAAACUUCCACACUCGUCUAAACAAGAUGGAUCUCUGGAGGUGUUGAGUCCUGUGGAUAUUCACUCGAAUUCAAGGAGCUUGGACAUUCAUGGAAAAACUUUCUGCACAGCAUCAUGAGUGAAAAUGUGCUGAACCUCUAAUGCUGAACCAGAGAAUCCAGUUCUGUGUCCCUGGGAAUUAUAGGACACUUUUUAUACAAAAAGCCUUAUAGCACACCAGUGUAUACAUCUUGGUGUAUUUGCCAUAGUGGAAACUGAUGCCCUCACAAUGACAAUGUUACAACAUGUACAGUUAAGCAAAUUUUGCCUCUCUUUGGUGUCAAAAUUAAUUUAUGUGACAUAUAAUAAACUGCUUGUGGAAUAAUGAUUCUCAUGAUCACACAAGAGUCAUAGGAACACAUACCACAGAUAAUGUUUGCCAUAUUUUAUCACUUGGGGUCAGUUUUUUGUGCACUAAUAUUUUCACAUCAAAACUAAUAUAUUGUAUCAGAUCCUUUUCUGGCAGUAAGGCCACUUUCAUACAAUGUUGUUUUUCUAAAUAAAUUAUUUUCUCA